GGCGGUAAUGCACACUAACACCUGUGCUCCACCUGCCGUAGAAGAAGAAGAGUUCAAAAUGGCGUUGUUAUUGCUCACCUGAAGGGACGCUGGCUUCAUGUUGCAGGUGACGUUUCAGGCGCUAGAAGACGAUGACUUCCUCUGUGUGAGGCAUGGUUGCUGUUUAACUCGUCUGCAUUCUUGAUGCAUGGGAGGGAAGAGCACCUGCCGAAUGCACGCUCAUUAGCCAUUGUGUCACCAGCAUACAGCAGCACCUCCACACCUGAGCUCUUGGUCAGCAUUCAGGCCACAGCCACAGCCACGCCCACAAACAGGUUGUACGUGCUGAUCACCCGAAAUGACUCUCUGAACAGUGGAACCCCUUGCCUGAAGUGCAACAGUAUGGGGGUUGGAGGCUUCAAGGUCCUGUGUGGGUGGAAAUGGCAACAGUCCAGAGCACACAAGAUAAGUAAAUUGGAGACAUAAAUCAAUGAGUAAUAAAACAUUAACCAGCAGUGGGGUGCCUGGAAGUGGUUGAGCUACAGCGAUCUGUCCAGGAGCUACAUCGCUCAAAAUUAUCACCAGUCCAAACGUGGGUUUGGUCAACGUGGGGAAUAUGAAGCUCCGUCCUUCACUGCUGAUGCUGCUCUGUUUACUAAGACGUGGAGUGAUGGGUGCAAUGUCUCCUGAGAACACCCCUCUGGUCAGCUCUUUUCCAGUUAAUGGCACCAGUACUCCACACCAGGUUACUGAGGUAUGCAACGUAAGCCUGGAGACUCAGCGGGCAGUUGGUGCUGCUAUAGCUCAACUGGGGCUAAAGCUACUGGAAAAUCUGCAGCCUGGGCCCGAACAUCCGAAUGUCGUUCUGUCUCCCCUGAGUAUUUCUCUCGCACUUUCCCAGUUAGCUCUAGGUGCCAGAAAUGAGACAGAGGAGCAACUGUUAGGAGCUUUACAUGCAGAUUUAUUAUCUGACUAUUAUAAAAUUUUAAGCUGCCUCCAAGAACAACUGAUUGUCAAGGCCAUUAAAGUGGCCUCUCGUAUCUACCUCAAACCAGGCUUUGACCUGAAGAAGGACUUUCUGGAAAGAUCCCUUCAACUGUUCAAAUCCGCACCAACACCACUCACUUCUGUAGAAGAAGUUAAUCAGUGGGUCGAGGAGGCCACCGAUGAUCACAUCAAGAACUUUUUAUCUAUUCUUCCACCCAGUGUGGUCUUGAUGUUGAUAAAUGCUGUUCAUUUUAAAGGGGAGUGGAAGUCUCGCUUUGACGCACGCUUUACUGCCAAGGAUCUUUUCUACAUUGACAGACAGACCUCUGUAAAGGUGGACAUGAUGAUCGGAUCCAAAUAUCCUCUCAGCAUGUUUGUGGAUGGAGAGCAAGGCAUACAGGUUGCUCGAUUCCCUUUUCAGGGAAAUGUAAGCUUUCUGGUAGUCAUGCCUCUGCCAUCACAGAAUUUGUCAAGAGCAGCUGCAAACCUCAAGAUCUCAGAUCUGUAUCGACAUCUUCCAAGUGAGAUACCAAUGCUUGUCAAACUGCCCAAGUUCAAACUGGAAUAUAAACAGGAUUUGCAACAAGCACUCACAAGCAUGGGUUUGGGUUCACUGUUCUCUGGGCCUGAUCUGUCUGGUAUUGCAGCGGGCCCACUUGUAGUCUCUGGUGUGCAGCAUGCCUCCAGCAUAGAGCUAAAUGAGGAGGGAGCUGAGGCCUCAGCUGCUACUUCAGUCACUCUGGUGCGCACUAUCCCCAUUUUCGCAGUCAACAUGCCAUUCAUCUUUGCCAUAGUGGAUGAUGUCUCGCACACACCUCUCUUCCUUGGCACGGUCACCAACCCAAAUCCCGGAGCAACAGCCGAAUUAAGCGACGACCCAGAAAUCUUAAGUUUUUUGAGCAACAGCAUGCCAAGCGAUAGGCCACAGAGUGACGACCCGUACUGGGAUAACAUGCUGCAUGACGAGUCUCAGUGAACGAGGAAACAAAGUGACUCCCCAAACAUUAGAAUUGGGUGGAAAUUGGCCUGAGAGGAGCACAGAAACACAUGGACCUCUCCCAGUCACACACUGUACCUACACAUGCACGUUUUUAUGAUCUGAUCAGCCAUAAUGCCACAGGACUUGGAUUAAAAACUAGCUAGGUAUUUAAACUAGCUAAUGACUUUACACUAACGUUACACAGUUUUAUAUUCCAUUUGUAAUGAAAUGUCAAUCAUAUAUUCAAUCACAUUUUUUUUUUCCAUUUUGGUAUUUUUGUUUUGUGCAUUGUUCUUUUUUUCUUUUUUCUUUUUUUUUUUGGUCACGACAAACUGCAUGUUGUCAGGAGGUUGAGGUGAUGUAGCUUUUUCUCCUUCUCUGGUCCGAAAGUGAAACACUAAGCUGUAGCAAUUAAAAUGUCAUUUUAAAAAAUGUGUUCUGACAUUACAUCUCUGUAAAUUACAAUAUUGCUGAAAGUAAGAAACUGAAAAUGUAAAUUCUUUUUCAGUCUGGAUUUUUUUUUAGACUUUAAUUGUGAUUGACAAAUAAUUCAUACACCUGCCAACAUUGGUCAUAAUAAUCCAGAGGGCAGAAUUUAUUGGCUCAAAAUAUUCAUGAGAUAAUAGGGAUGUGCAUUACAUCUCAUUUUAGUUAUUAUUUUGAAUACCCAUUUAUGUGGCAUGAAAUUUGUUUUUAUCCAUUUAAUUAAAUUAAAAAUUUCUCAAGAAGCAUUGUCUACCACUACAUUAAACCCACAUUUACAGGGUUUUCUUUUUUUUUUUUUUUGGCUAUAUGUCAACACCGUUGCAAACCCGACACUUACAAACCCCAAUCAAGAUUAAUCGUUACUAGUAUUCAGACUUGUUUAUAAUGCUGUACGUUAGAAAAUGUGAAAAAACCAAAAACAGUUGAAAGAGAAUCACAGAUGAAUGAGAA